UAUGCUUUAAAAAUUAAAAAAAAAUUUAGUCUUUCGAAACUUUUUUACGCUAAUGUAAGAGCUUCUGAUUGCGAUAAAGAAAUUUUAACAAUUAAAAUUAUAAACAAUCUGUCAAAAGAUUUAUUAUUGAGCUGUUGUUAUCGACCUCGUGCUAGUGUAAGCGAAAACCUGAGCUUUUUUUAACGCAGCAUUUUUAAAUAAAAUAUUAAAGAAAGCAAAAAGAACAUUAUUAUUGAGGACCUGCGGUAGACGGAGAAAAAUGACUUCAAAUCUCACUUUUUUGAAAUCUAUUAGUGACCUAGCCUCAAUAAAACAGAGUUAUAAAUGUACCAAAUUAUCAGAGAACACAUUAUUUCUUCCUCUUAUUAAUGAGUCAGAAUGGUCAAAUGGAAUACGAAUACUGUUUUAUUCUAUGGCUCUUCUUUGGUGCUUUAUGGGUGUAGCAAUAGCUGCAGAUCUAUUUAUGUGUGCAAUAGAAAUAAUUACAAGUAAAACUAAAAAAAUAAGAGUUGCCACUGAUGAAGAUGAUAACAUAGUCAGUUCUGAAUAUGAAGAAGUUGAAAUAAGAGUUUGGAAUGGCACAGUUGCUAACUUGACUCUAAUGGCUCUUGGCACGUCUGCUCCAGAAAUUUUGCUAUCCAUUAUUGAAAUAGUUGGAAGUAAUUUUAAAGCUGGAGAAUUAGGACCAGGUACCAUUGUUGGCAGUGCAGCAUUUAACUUAUUUGUUAUUACAGCUGUUUGUGUAAUGGCAAUAGGUAAUGGUGAAGUUAAACGCAUUAGUUCGUUAGGAGUUUUUUUAACAACUUCUUUUUUUGCUAUAUUUGCAUAUAUUUGGCUGUUCAUUAUUUUGAGUGUAACAUCACCAAAUGAAGUUGAAGUAUGGGAAGCAGCACUGACAUUUUUGUUCUUUCCUGUUUUGGUUAUUUCAGCUUAUAUUGCAGAUAAAGACCUCUGUUCUAGCAUGCUACUGUCAAAAAGUCGUAAGCAAGAAGUAGAACUAGGAAAUCUGGAUUUGUUAAAUGAAAGAAUUUUAAAAAAGCAUCAUCCAGAUUUGAUUGAGUACAUGAAGGAAAUAACUGCUAAUUCAAGAAUAACUGAAGAUGAAGCUGCAAAAUUGAUUGCAAUGAAAAUUGAUGCUAACAAAAAUAAAAAUUAUGGAUAUUACCGAGUUGCGUCAUUAAGAAAUAUUGGUGGUGGAAGAAAACCUCUUCCAAAGCUUAAUGAAAAGUUGCAACUGAUUUUGGUUGAUCCUAAAGAAAACUGUUCUGAAUUGGGACCAGGAAAAUUGUCAUCAGCAACAUCUGCUAAUGAAAAGGCUUAUAUUGAAUUUACAGCUUCUGCGGUAUCAGUCAUGGAAAAUUGUAAAAGUGUGCAGCUUGGUGUUGAAAGAUCAGGAAAUAUUGAACUUCAAGUGCAAGUUGGCUAUGAAACUAUUAAUGGUACUGCUGAGGCAGGCUCAGAUUAUAUUUCUAAAAAAGAUGUUCUAAUAUUUGAAAGUAACGAAACUCAUAAGCACAUUGAAGUCACUAUAAUCGAUGACAAUGAGUGGGAACCAGAUGAAACCUUUUUUGUCAAAUUAUAUCCCACUCAAGGAAAUGAAGAAAAUGUUGUUAUUGGUCACCAUUCUAUAACAGAAGUCACUAUUAUUAAUGAUGAUGACCCUGGAACCGUUUCUUUUGAGAAGCCUAGUUAUAUUGUAAAAGAAAGUUGUGGAAAAGCUGAACUUGCAGUGGAUCGUGUUAAUGGUGCAGAUGGAAAAUUAGAGGUUCUAUGGAAAACUAAAGAUCAAAGUGCGCUCCACGGAAAAGAUUUUAUCGGAGGGCAAGGUUCCCUGAUCUUUGAACAUGGCGAAACAUGUAAAAGUAUAAAUAUUGAAAUAAUUGAUGAUCAUAUGUUUGAAAAAGAUGAAACUUUUGUGGUUGAGUUUACAGAAAUCAAACCAGCUGGUGCAAAGUUUGGAAGACUUAAAAGGACUGUUGUUACCAUAGUUAGUGAUGAUGAGUACAAAAACAUGUUCAAUCGUGUUGUAAAUUUAGCACAUAUAAAUUUGGAUAAGUUUGAAUUGGGUGCUGAAUCAUGGGGUCAACAGUUUAGAGAAGCUAUGAAUGUCAAUGGUGGUGAUGUUGAUAAUGCAUCAGUAGUUGACUAUAUUAUGCACUUUAUAACUUUUUUUUGGAAAGUUCUGUUUGCAUUUGUUCCUCCAUGUAAAUGGUACGGAGGUUGGUUGUCUUUUUUUAUUGUUCUAAUUUUGAUUGGAAUCUUAACGGCUAUUAUUGGAGAUCUUGCAACGUUGUUUGGAUGUUUAGUUGGUCUUCAAAAAGAGGUUACAGCUAUAACCUUUGUUGCCAUGGGUACAAGUCUACCAGAUUUAUUUGCAAGUCGCACAGCUGCUCAAGUUGAAAAGUUUGCUGAUGCAUCUGUUGUAAAUAUCACUGGCAGUAAUGGUGUUAACGUCUUCUUAGGCUUAGGCAUACCUUGGCUAAUGGCAGCCAUCUUUCAUUCUAUAAAGGUAAUGGCAGCCAUCUUUCAUUCUAUAAAGAAAACUCCAGGAGGUUUUGUUACACCUGCCGGUACGUUAGCCACUAGUGUGGUAACAUACACUGUCUGUUCUUUGGUUUGCAUUGUAUUGCUUAUUUUGAGAAGGUAUUUAAAAGUAUUUGGGAAGGGUGAAUUAGGGGGAAACAAAACACUAAAAUAUUUUUCAGGGGUUUUUAUGAUAUCAUUAUGGCUGUUAUACGUGCUCGUUUCAUCGCUUGUUGCAUAUAAACAUAUAUCACCGAUUUCUUUUUAGUUUUAUUUCAU